AGGCAGCCCCGCCCCACUGACCCGGCUUCUCCCCUUGGCUCGCUCCUGCCCCGGCGUGCAGGGCCCCGCCGCCGCCAUGUCCGGCUCGUUCGAGCUCUCGGUGCAAGAUCUCAACGACCUGCUCUCAGACGGCAGCGGCUGCUACAGCCUCCCGACCCAGCCCUGCAACGAGGUCAUCCCGAGGGUCUACGUGGGCAACGCGUCUGUAGCUCAGGACAUCUCCCAGCUGCAAAAAUUGGGCAUCACCCACGUCCUGAAUGCCGCCGAGGGCAGGUCCUUCAUGCACGUCAACACCAAUGCCAACUUUUACAAUGAUUCCGGCAUCACCUACUUGGGCAUCAAAGCCAAUGAUACGCAGGAGUUCAACCUCAGCGCCUACUUUGAAAGGGCCGCAGAUUUCAUCGACCAGGCCUUGGCUUACAAGAAUGGCCGGGUGCUUGUCCACUGCCGUGAGGGGUACAGCCGCUCCCCAACGCUCGUCAUCGCCUACCUCAUGUUGCGGCAGAAGAUGGAUGUCAGGUCUGCUCUGAGCGUCGUGAGGCAGAAUCGUGAGAUUGGCCCCAAUGACGGUUUUCUGGCCCAGCUCUGCCAGCUUAAUGACAGACUAACCAAGGAGGGCAAGGUGAAACUCUAGGGUGCCCGCAGCCGCCUUCUGCGGAGGUCUGACUGGGAGGCCCUGGCAGCCAUGCUUAGGAAACACAGUGUACCCUGCUCCCAUCUGUCUGUCCCAUUGUGACCCUGGGCUUGCUGAGGAGGCCGUUCUUGCUCCUUGGCUGUCCUUCCCCUGAGGUGGUGGCUCAGGGAGGAAGCCUGUGGCGCAGAUACACCUCAGUGACCCAGGGCAGGAGGCCUAUGAGGAUGUAAGGCCCGAGCCACUCCCUGGCACUCCUUGUGACCCCCUCCUGCACCUGGGUUCCCCUGAGUGGUCUAGCAUGGUGACCCUGGAAAUGAUCUAUGCAAACACAGGUUCUGCUCUUCCCACGUCUAUCACUGGUCCUCACAGCCCGACACACCCUCUUAGGCAGAGGCAUAAGAUGAAGCAGGGUAGAGGUAGGUUCCUAGUGGCUGGCUUUCCACAAAGAGGCUGUGUUUUAAUUAUCUCCUUAGAAUUAAAGAUACUCUACAGGGGCCCUUGGAUAGGCAAAUCGGUUUUCCCUGGAGGGCUCUCCCAGUUCUUCAGAAUGUUUAAAGUGUGCCUCUUUGGGGGAUCUUCCGUUCCUUAUCUGCUGCUUUGGUGUCUUCUCUGUGGAUGGCACGGUCCCUCUUCCUUGGGCAGGGUUCUAUUUCUCUUCUUUAGAAUGCAGAGUGUCGAGGCCCAGCCUAUUAAAAAAAAACCCACCAUUUGGAGAAUUGCAAGGGUUUUAUCCUGAAUUAUAGUGUGGGUGAGCCUCAGCUGUCAUACUAACUGCUUUUCAUCCUGGUUUCUAUUCUAAGAACAGAAGGAGGAAGUUGGCCAAUUACAGCUCGUGUUCGUGGGUGUGUGCACGGCUGUGAAGAGGGGAGGGGACAGAAGGGAAAUGGAGGGUCCCUGUGCUCACCCUUGCCCAUUUACGGGUAGUUCUGAUGGAGUGGCCCUCUGGGCAUAAACAAGCCCCGAUGUCCUUUACUGGAGAGUGAGCAAACAAAGAAAUGACCCUUUAAAGGACUUCUUUCCAGGGCUGGUUUGGAAGUGUGCUAGACCUCAUGUGUGUGCACAUUUGCCAGAGAGUGAGCGCAGUCUGCUUGGGCUCUAUGUUCUUGUUAUGCUGUGUGUAUCCAGGGUCACACAGCAGAGUGGCGGCAUUCAGCCACCACCUCAGCACCUAGCACACAGGCAUCUCAUAAAAGCCUGUUUUUUUGAAUACCUAGAGCUGUCUGAGUGCCCAGUGUAUAUAGAGCGUUGUUGCUGUGGGGCACCCGGAUCCCAGCAGCCUUUGUGCCUGUCUGUAGGAUGUCUUGCCGGAGUUUGCAAAGCAAUCUUACUUGGAGGGAAAGACAUAUCAGGGACUUUUGUUGAAUGUUUUAAAUGCAGCUUUAAAUCGAGAACUCAGCAGCGUUGACAGGGAAGGUCAGGGAUUUGCCUUUUUCAGAGCUGCUGAGGAGCCUGGAGAAGAAGGUGCAUCUUGGGGCCUCCGUCCCAUCAGCGCAGGGACAAAGCUGUGCAGCCUGGAUGGUCACUGUCCCCUAUCCUGUGUGACCACAGCAGCCCCUGGACACAUGGGACGGGUCCUCUUUUCUCCAGAAUGAAAUGGCAGUAGCCGAACUGUGUACCACCUCCAUAGUUUCCAAGUGGCUUUCUUGCUUGAUCUGAUUUGCAUUUCAUAAUAACCCUGUGAAGUUGACAGCACUUAUCCGUGUGUUGUUAUGAGAGAAAACAAACAAAAGAAACAAACAAAAAACUACCCGGGAUAGCAGGGCAUGGUAGCAGGAGACUACAGUCCCAGUUCAUGGGAGUCAGAGGCAGAAGAAUCACUGCAAGUUCAAGGCCAGUAUGGUCUCCACGUUGAGACUCCAGGCUACAACAGCAAGAUCCUAUUUUUUUUUUAAAAAAAAAAUUAGGUUUAUUAAGGGGCACCUCGCUCUUUAAAGCUGAGUGGAAGCGGUUUCACUGCUGCCUAAGGAAGCUGGGCUGUUCUUGUCUAUAAUGAGACCAGCUCCCAGCAAUGUCCAAGCGCCCCUUCCCGCACGCACGUCUUUAAGCCAUCCCCAGAGAAAGAAAAAAAAAAAAAAAAGAGUUCCCUAUCAGGUAGGACAGAGCUUCUCUUCGUCCAGGUGACACAUGGAGACCUGUGAGGAUGAACUCUGCUCCUGGAAGAGGCUGGACUCCCCUCCCGCCUCAUCUGGGUGAUGACCUCACAGGACACCCAAGGCUGUUUACUCACUAACGCCUCCUGGAGGCGUUAUUUUGUGGGAAAAUAAAGAAAAGGGGCCUUUGGGAGAUUCCCGUCUUGCCUUUGGGGUUAUUUGCUGAAAAUUCGGGGUUUCUUGGCUGGCUUUACCCCGCGUUCAGAAGAUUAGCUCCUACUUCAGGUAGACUUGCCGUGUAUUGCCAAAGAGCCGCCACUUGUACUUCCGCCAGUGGGGGCCGUUCCUGGAUGGUGUUUUAUCCCUGGAAUAAAGAAUUCAGGAUGCCCUUUCCUCUUCCCCGUACCUGAUCACUUUCUUUGACUCAUAAAAAUCCAGGUUAAAGUUAAAAUACAAAAUGGUUCCCUUCUCAAUCUUCAAGUAUGCUGGCUGCCUUUCCAUAAGCAGGCUGUUUCCCCCUACCUAUUAUUUCUGUUACCUCGAGGGCACAGACCAACCCCUACCAAAUGAGGGACCUCUUCUGGCUCACACUAAGGAUCUUUGGAGCUCCAAUGCGGGAGGUUGUUUUAAGAAUCCAGAGCUGGCCUAUAGCACACACCCUCGGGGAAAUGAGCAUGAGUAACAAUGUGUGGCCAGCAGGAGGCGCUGUUGAGAAGGUUGGUGCCUUUCCAGCCACAAGCUCACUGAAGAUGCUUGUAGUAUUAAGAUGCUCAAUGUUUUAAUCAAAACAAGCACUGAUCUUAAAUAUGAAGAUAAGAGCUUUCCUCACAGAACAUUUUCCUUUUCUUAAAAGUGGCAUCAUAUGGUCUUCCCAGAUCAAGAUUCUAUCCUGAUCGUAAACAGAGGGAGUCUCAGGGUACAGAGACCAUUGGUGAAUGUUUAGCUUGUGGGGCUCUUGCCUCCUCCCCCUGUUAGGGUAACUCGUAAAAGACAGAAAAGGUUCAGGGGAAAAGGGAUGGUGGAGGGCAAAGCCUUGGAUUCAAUUCCUGCCAUGGGGGGGGGGGUAAAAGGGAAAGUUUAAUGUCUACUGUAUCACCAGUGUUAACACUCUAUAAAAUUGUAACCAAAAUAAAUGUCUUAACCU